AUGAUGUUAUUAUUUCAUCAAGUAACUUCUCACCAGAAAGUCUUGCAUGGUUUUUUUGUACGAAAAUAUAAAAUAAAUAAAGCUUAUCCAUGUUAUCAUUUUCCACAUUCAAAGUCAUAUGGUGGAUGGGGUUGGCAAUGGGAUAAACCAAUGAAAUGGAAAGCUUAUACAUAUCUUUCUAGUGCAUUGGCAGCACUUAUUAUUGCUAUUAUAUUUCUUAAAUUGAGACGAUAUCAUUAA